AUGCUUCCCACAAAGCCGUUGUGGGCCUUGCCGGCUCUUUCGUUGGCUGCACUCGCCGCGGCAGACGUUCAGGAGAGGGAUUCAAACGGGGGAAUCUACAAGAACAACACGGACUGCUACCCUGCGACUGUGACGGAGACAUCUGUGAGCACCUGCUAUGAGACUGUCACAGAGACCUGCACAGAGACUGUACAUGAUACUACAACUUACCUAGACACGAUAACUCUGUUUACAACAAUCGAUUACUUCUCCACCAUCACGGACGAAGAUACCACCACGACAACUCAAUAUAUCACGAAGACGACAACGUCCAGCGAGACAUUCACAACGUCAUACCCGUACUAUGUGACAAUCUGCGCGGGAUCGCCCGUUACGACGAUCUAUGGCUAUGGCCACCCGACUUCAGACAAGAAGUGUGUCGUCAGCACUUCUUACGUCACUACCACUAAGACCGCCACAAAGACCUUCGUUACAAGUGUGCCUACGACAGUGCCUACGACAGUUCGCAUCACGGUGCCAACGACCAAGACUACCACAAAGAAGACGACAGAGACUGAUACGACAACAACUACGAGGGCAACGACGACGACGACAACCUACACCACUCUAGUUCCCACGACCCUCACGUCUACUUAUACCUCUGUGACCACCGUCCCCACAACAAUCACGGUGGAUCAUACUAGUAUAACGACACGCUGGGACACGACCACCUACUCGACUGUUUCCACUCUGACUACUAGUGUCCUAGUGACAUCUAUUGAAACCUACGUAACUACUACGACGGAAGUUUUGACCAGUGCGACUACAGACACUACAACGGACACGGUGACUGCCACGGACACGAAAACUACAACAGAGGUCUCAGUUUCUCCUACGACCGAUACUGAAUAUAUCACUGAAACGUCGAGCAUUACAUACACUACUACCUCGGUAAUAUCUCUUCCUGGAUUCAGCACUACAAGUACUUAUGUAACGACGGAGGUUCUUACCACAACUCUGCCUGCAUCGACGUCGUAUAUCACCGACACUACUACAUAUACGACAAUCUCAACUCUCCCAGGUACUUCGGGAACGAUCACAAUCAUCACAACCGAGCUUAUUACUCUACCGGCAUCGACAACAACAGAAAUUACUACUGAUGAGGAGACGUCGUUUAUCACUGUGACUUCUCAAACUACUCACACAACAGUUUCGACUCUUCCGGGCUCCUCGGGGACAACUACAUUUGUAACAACGGAGCUGCUUACGACAACACUGCCUGCGUCAACUGUGACGAAAACAACUCAGCUUCCAGGGUCUUUAACUACGUUAUCAGGAUCCACGCUCACUUCGCUCGUUACCAUCAGCCAACUGGGUACAACAUCUGUUCAGACCACUACUGUAACAGUUCCACCCCAGACAGUCACCUUGACAACUUCCAUCAUUGGGGACUUGACAAUAUGUCCAACCCCGACCAAUGCGGCAGGAUUUGCGAUGCCUACUUACGAUGCCAAAUCCAACUUGACAUGGGGUUGCCCCCCCGGUACCGUUUGCAGCCCGCCUUUACUGGGUGACUGCAACUUCUGGGCCGGUCCACCAGAGAAGGAAUAUGUUUGCGAGAGUCAGGCUUACUGUAUUCCGUCGCCAGGAUAUACUCCGGUCAGCUGGCCGGAGAACAGCACUGGUUAUUACCCUCCAACAAAAGGUUACUUCAAUCUCCCGCCACCUGCCUUCGGGCUGAGCUACGACAUCUUCGAGGAAGAAUUCAUUGUGAAAAAAGUCAUUGAUGCGAACGGCCACAAGUCGAAGACUACUAUUACAACCGGAAACUGGGAAUCACAGACCGAUAUCACGGAAUACCCGCAAACUACUACUCUGAGUUACGCAAAGCGUGGUUAUGCCGCAGGCUUCAGUCGACUCUCGAAGCGGGAUUUGACAAUCCCUGCGCUAUGCUACGACUUAUGCAAUAAUGUGAACCUUGAAGGGCAAAGCAAAGGCAAGUCGUAUGAGUUAUUAUGUGCCGAUGGAACUGCUUUCAGGAAUGGUUACAACGCCUGCCUUGAGUGUAUUAAUGCGCAUACAAACGACCAGGCCAACAGCGGGCGUGCUGUGGAUAAUCAACUCAACCAGUUCAUCACCUUUUGCGACUUAACAGCGGCUGAGACAACUCAAUCAAGUUCUGCGGCCGGUCAAGUCACAAACACAUCACCAGCAGGUUCGACGGGCACCGGACAGCCCACACUAACGGAAACUUCCAUCAUGCCCAUUACUUCAACCUCGGUGCCUGCGACUACUACCGCCUCCUCGACCACUUCAUCGGAAACAUCGGCCACCGAGGAGACGACCAGCACAGACGUGACCAGCACAGACGCGACCAGCACAGAUACGACCAGCACAGAUGCGACCAGCACAGAUACGACCAGCACAGACGCGACCAGCACAGAUACGACCAGCACAGACACGACCAGCACAGACACGACCGGCACAGUCGCUACCAGCACGCCGAGCAGCACCGAAGAAACCACAUCACCCACUGCAAGUGAGACCGCACCUGGAUCCUCGACUGCGACUGAAGUCUCCUCUGCGGCGGAUACCAGCAGCGGCUCGGGUGGUACCACUUCGAGGGUCGAGUCAACAACCGCCCCGGGCACCACGGAGGAACCUACCACCACCACUUCCCCGACCGGCGGCUCCUCGCCCACGGUUUCGCCUACAGAAACAACCAGCGUUCCGGCAACUGUUAGUCCGGGUGCCGCGUCUCGACUCCACAAUCCAUCCACCUCGGCAUCGUUCCUCUUCACGAUCCUGGCUCUCAUCUUCGCCUUCUAA